AAUGUAAUUUUGCAAUAAUAAUUACAGUGUUAUGAUACUGACCCUGGUGAAAUUUCACUCACAAUCAUUAUUUAAUUUAGACAUGAAAGUUGUCAACACUAAUAUCUCAAAAUGGAUAUUUUUUUACGAUACAAUUAUAUGCAGAAAAGAUACAUGAUAACACUGAAUUAUCAACCAUUCGUCUUUGCUACAGUUGGGAGAUAUUUUGUGGAGGCACUGAAUACCGAGAUAAAGCCGGAUCAUGCUUCUACAGUACCAACACACGCUGUCUAUUUCAUAUGCUGGCCUGUAUUAUAAUUCCCCUUAGCACAGCACACUCCUUAAACUGUUACUCACUAAUGAACUCAUGCAUGCACAGAGACCAGCUUUGACAAAAGUGCUUACAAACGGAGGGCUCAAUAGAACCUGUGCGAAUUAUUCAAAUACAGUCACCUCAGUAAAUGGAGAAAAAAAAAAGUGCAGUUAGAAAGGCUGAAGGUCAGAGUCAAGGCCAGAAGACUUUUUAUAAGACCACGUCAUAUUUCACUGGUUACACUAAAUAUUACAACUAUACAAUACUAAUAAUGCAAUGGUAAAGGACACCUUCCUAACAUGUGCAUGCUACAAUAGACAUACACACACAUGACCUUUCAGUCAUAAGCAGCUUGGUAUGAGACCAGUCAUGUCUCACUGUCUGCGCCAAAUGUCAGAUUUACUAGUUUUUGACAGUAGUCUAAAGUUUCUGUACCAACAUUUGGUAUUUGUUUUAGUCUGUUUGGUGUGAUAUUGCAGUGACAUAUACAGUAUAUAUAUAUAACUUGGAGGAAUUUCACAUUUUUCUAAUGAAGAAAAGUACCUGAAACUUCUUCUUUAAAUAUGGAUAAAUGAGAGUGAAUGAGGUGAGGAUGGGAAGGGAGGCAGUUAAGACCAAUGCUAGUCUACUGACACUGGCAGGCUAGUCAUAGAGUCUGGGUCAUGUUUAUGCCCUCAAGACCCUGAUGUGAUGAGCAGCUCACAACUAACAUGGUCUGCAAUAUCAAAACAAAUAUAUGCACACUUACUGGCACACAAUCACGCCUGCAUUAACAUAUACACAUCUACUAUCUGCAUUAGUCACUCUCAGGCUGGGAUAAAACUGUCUGGACUUAGGGUAUUAAUGGAGCUGAAAUAGUCCAUCAGAUGAACUGACAUGCUGUAAGUCUUUUUGCCUGCAGAAAAAGUAGCAGCACAUGCAAAACGGCUUUGAUAAGAGCUACAGCCUAGUUUAGAACAGUAGCCCGUAGGCUUUAAAGGCCAGACUGCAGCAAUUUAAUUCCUUAAUCUGUGUAAUAAAUAUAAAAACUCCCACAGGCUAUGCUAUCUGCUUGGCUCGCUGGAUCAAUACAAUGCUACACCAUUAAGCUAUUAGUCUAUUGGCAAUAGCAUAUUGGCCAAAUCUGCAGCAUGACAUAAUUUAGCCUAAAUUUUGCAUUGUUCAUCAAUACAGCAUUGAUAUUUGUUUUUAUAACUGUCACUUAACCCUGCAUGAAAACACUACAAUAGGUAAAUGAAUGGUAACAUUUAAAGUUUUUACACAACUGUUGCAGAAAUAAACAUUUAAAAUGCUGCGUACAUUUCCAUAAUUCUACUGGUAGCUGGUUAGUUUCUAUUCAUUCACACUAAAACGGAUUUAUUCAAAUUUCACAAUGGAAGCGAUUGCGUUUUUAAGUACCCAUUAACAACAUGUCACUCCACUCACAGCGCCCCGCCCCCAAGUCACAACUAGGUUAAUUUCUAUUCAUACUGUUUUAAUCCUUGAAUUUUGUUUUUAAACUGGGCCAAACCCCAGUCACAGCAUCAUCAACAAGAGAGACAUUUGACAAUUAAACACUAUAUACACAAUCUAAAUGCACUAAAUGAUUGCACAAGUGUUUCUUGCACUAUUGUAUCUAUGCUCAAAAAGAGAGUUUACCAUCAUGUCAACAUGAUUCAUUGUUGCUAUAAACCAUGCAGAUUGCCAUGGUGUGACAUUAAAGUCUCCUCCUGAGGCUUGGCUAGGACUGAGUGUAUCAGUCGUUCUUUGUAGCUAUGCCAUCGAGUCAUCCCCUUGUAUGUCACAAAGCUGGGUGGUAGGGAGGUGGCCUGUCACCGGUGGCUAGGUCAGCAUUUUGCAGUACACACUGCAUAUGUGUGCAUGUCGUCUAAGGAGGGACUGUAUGCAGAGCUGACGGUAGGAGAGGAAGUAUACAGAUAGUAACAGGUAUGCCAAGUCAAAUAAGCUGAGAGAAAAACCCAAGGAAAUGAACUAUUGUCUUACAACAAAAACACAUAUUCCCAUUCUCCCUAACAGGAUUCAUUUGUCAGGGACAUCACACAUAAAUCAUACUUUAAGCUGCUAUGGCAUUCAAGGGAAGGCAUUUAACUGAGGCUGGUUAAUGUCAGAUUUUGAACAUGGAGAAGCGGUGAGAAGGGACAGGAGGACAGACAUACAGAUGCUGAAGCAGGAAGUCUCCUAUAGUUGCGGAGAAUAGGUUCAGGGCGUAAAUCAUUAGCAAGGUGUAGCCAGAAAGCACUGAGCAGUAGGGCCCUAAAGCUUGUAGACAGUUUUACACAAACACUCACUGCUGUCAGGGGGAGCAGCUGUUGUAAUGCAUGUACACAUGAAUGGAUGCAAGCAACACACAUACACAUACACAGGAGCACCGAUAAUGAAGAGCUUCAAAUUAAACAUGAAGGCAUGUGAGGCUACAUAUGCCAGGCAGAGGCAAAGGAGUGGAUAACAAGGUUAUUUUAGCAUCACCUCUGUGUAUCUUUCUGACAAACAGAGAUGAGGGCAAACGAGGUUAAAAUGUGAAAGUUCAUACAUAGGUCAUACAUGUGUCACACACACAAUAGGAAUAUAACAUAUUACUCAUAUCUGACUGAUGACGUGUGUACAAAUAAAUAGCUACAUCUUGCUCCAUCAGUUUGUUCUGUUUGAGAUGCUUUUCAACUGAAUUUGCUCCAGUAAAUUUCUUCAGGAUUACUGACAUUUAAGAAAUUAAAAAUGCUGUGAAAUAACCUUAAUAUCCUGGAAUAUUCAGUCUACGAAACUGUUUAUGUUAUUCUUUUUAAUCGUAUACAUGACAAUCACCAAAAACUCAUGCCAGGAACCAUUAAAAUGACUGAUAGCUGACGCAUUAGCUGAAUCAGCUUUGCAAUAACUUGCCGUUUAGCAAAGUUAGCUUAGCUAGCUAUGUUAGCUAACGUUAGCCAGGUAGACACAACUCAAAACGCUACAGUGAAGAAAGAGGAGGACGCAAACUAUGAACCGAGGAUGAUUUCUGCAAAGAAAACUCCGGAGAAGAGUCGUUAUCCUAUCCACUAUUUGGUGUGGCACAACAAACACCGACAGCUGGAGAAAGAGCUGGCAACGAACGAGCAGACUGAUUUAGAGUCUCUGGACCCUCGUGGCCGGACUCCUCUCCACCUGGCUGUCACGCUGGGCCACCUGGACUGUGCCAGGGUCCUGCUGCAGCACGGAGCUGACGUUAGCAAGGAGAACCGCAAUGGAUGGACCGUUCUUCAGGAGGCGGUGAGUACCAGAGAUCCAGAAUUGGUGCGUCUAGUGCUUCGUUACCGUGACUACCAGAGGACUGCCAAGAGACUGGCGGGCAUCCCCAUCCUUCUGGAGCGACUGCGCCAAGCCCAGGAUUUCUAUGUGGAGAUGAAAUGGGAGUUUACCAGCUGGGUGCCCCUGGUGUCUCGUAUCUGCCCAAGUGACACCUACAGAGUCUGGAAGAGUGGUCAGUGUCUCCGCGUUGACACCACCCUGAUGGGUUUUGAACAGAUGACCUGGCAGAGAGGAAACCGAAGCUUCAUUUUCAGGGGACAAGACUCCAACGCCGAGGUGAUGGAGGUCGACCAUGACAGACAGCUGGUGUUCUGUGAGACCUUGUGCGUCUCGUCUCUCACGGCGCUCUCACCGGGCCGGGGAAAUGGCGGCGCCUGCAGCAGCAACGCCGCCAGUUUGGGCCUACUGGGGGUGACGCAGCCCAGUGAUGAGCAGGUAGCAGGCAGGCUGUCUGCUCCCGUGGUGACCACUCAGCUGGACACUCGCAACAUCGCCUUUGAGAGGAAUAAGACGGGUAUACUGGGAUGGAGGAGCGAGAAGACUGAGACGGUGAAUGGAUAUGAAGCCAAGGUGUAUGCGGCAUCCAAUGUGGAGCUGAUCACCAGGACCAGAACUGACCAUCUGUCAGACCAGAACAAGAACAAGACAAAAGGCGGAAAGACUCCACUGCAGAACUUCCUGGGCAUUGCUGAGCAACACAUGGGCCCUAACAACGGGGCCCUGGUGACCCAGAUGUCGUGUCCUGCGGUGACCAAUCCUUCAGCGCUGACGGCUGAGGAAUACUUCAACCCAGGCUCGUCACCGACUCAGAGGGACAUCGGCCACCCGUGCCAGCUCACCACCAAGACCCAGAGGUUUAAAGCCAAGUUGUGGUUGUGUGAGUCCCAUCCUCUGUCCCUGGCAGAACAAGUGGUGCCUAUCAUCGAUCUCAUGGCGAUCUCGAACGCCCUGUUCGCUAAGCUGCGUGACUUCAUCACUCUGCGCUUGCCGCCUGGCUUCCCUGUUAAGAUCGAGAUCCCUCUCUACCACAUCCUGAACGCCAGGAUCACCUUCAGCAACCUGAACGGCUGCGAGGAAGGGACGGGUGGCCGUGCCGACAACGAAGGGGUAGAGGGGGACGGACAGAGGGACCCCCCGAGGACAGACACCCCGUCUCCGGGCAGUGACUCCUCCAGCGUCUCCAGCUCCAGCUCCACCAUGUCGUGUCGAGCCGGAGAGAUUCCCCCGUGUGUGUUUGAGCCCCCGCCUGGAUACACCAUGCUAGGAGGCAAACAGAGAGACAGCAUGAGGGAGGAGGAGGAGGAUCUUCUGCAGUUCGCCAUACAGCAGAGUCUGCUGGAGGCCGGCUCCGAAUACGAUCAGGUGACCAUCUGGGAGGCACUGACCAAUAGCAAGCCAGGAACACACCCCCUAUCCUGUGACCCGAGUCGUGUGGAGAGGACCCCGCAGCACAAGCCCCGCCCCCCCUCCAGCCUCUGCUCCACGCCCUCCAAGAAGCAGCCGACCCCCUGCAGCUACGACGAGCAGCUGCGCAUCGCCAUGGAGAUCUCAGCUCGAGAGCAGGAAGAGGCGGAGUUUCGGCGGCGUCAGGAGGAGGAGGAGCUACAGCGCAUCAUCCAGCUGUCACUCAUGGAGAAAUGAGAGCUGAGUGGCCCAGCAGGGGUCUGAGGGGAGGGGUCUGGACCAAGGAUGUAUGGUAGAAAAGGGUAGUGCGACCUACUUUAAAACUUAAAGCACACUAUGUAAGAGGCUGGAAAUAAAAUUCCAAAAUCACCGUAGUGGUUUCAUACAAUCAGAUCGCCUUGUCCUUUCUCUCCCAUUCGCCCUUAGACAGACCUUUCCCAUGAAGCCAUAAGGUGGUGAUGCGGCUGUCCGGCCUCAGACAGCCAGAGAGGGAUGUCAGAUUCCUCUUUCUGGUGCCACACAGUAAUUCUUGACCAGUGCCAGUUUACAACCAACAAAAAUCCAAUACAACAAGUUUAGUGGGAUGCCUCCUCGACUGAAUGUUGUGCUAGGAUGAGUGAUUUCUGUCUGUUUGCAGGUGUGUGUCUGUGUGUGUGUGUGUGUGUGUGUUUCAAAACCAGCUCUCCGCACAGGGGUCAACAGAUCACCCUCUGUCCUGAAAAUGUAAUGUGUGUGUGUCUGUUUCAGCACUAACACACGCGCACUGAGUCCUUCUUGCCACUGAGUUGUGGUUUUCAGUCUUUACUGUGAUUAAAAAAAAAAAAAAAAAAAAAAA